GUAGCUCAUUGUGUUUUGUCCUCCUGUGGAGUCUUCAUUAGCUCUGACAUUUCCUAUCACUCCUGUCCUGUCAUACUAGGUUUCCUGCCGCAUGUCUGAGGUCUGAAACUCCAGGGUCCAGACAUAUGGCUCCUGACCACACAUACACUGUCCUGCCGAGACCCCUACCUGCUGAGACUAACCUUUCUGCGUUUGUGUGUGUGUGUGUGUUUCAGCCUGUCUGAACCCAGAGCGAGAAAAGAGGGUGGUGUUUCUCACAGCCCGGGUUCACCCUGGAGAAUCACCUGCUUCCUUCAUCUGUCACGGUGUCAUCGACUUUCUGGUCAGCCAGCAUCCCAUCGCUCAGGUCCUGCGUGAUCAUGUGACCUUUAAGAUCGUUCCCAUGCUCAACCCUGACGGCGUUUACCUGGGAAACUACAGGUGUUCUCUAAUGGGCUUUGAUCUGAACCGUCAUUGGCAGGACCCUUCCCCUUGGGCCCAUCCCACUCUACAUGCUGUCAAACAACUCAUUGUCCAAAUGAACCAAGACCCAAAGGUGAGUUUGGAGUUCUACAUCGACGUGCACGCCCACUCCACCAUGAUGAAUGGCUUCAUGUAUGGUAAUGUCUUUGAGGAAGAGGAGAUAGGGCAGAGACAGGCCGUCUUUCCUCGACUCCUGUGCCAAAAUGCGCCUGACUUCUCUCUUUCCAGUACAUCGUUUAACCGUGAUGUGGUCAAGGCUGGUACCGGCCGACGGUUCCUGGGUGGUCUGCUGGAUGACACAUCAUACUGCUACACGCUGGAGGUCUCCUUCUACAGCUACCUGACAGCAGGAAGCACCUCACCUGUGCCAUACACGGAGGAUGGCUGUAUCCUUUUAUUCCUCCUUCACUGGAUAAUAACACUACUCUCUAAAAUAUAUGUUUGGAACUUGAAGUUCAAAGUAAAUCAGAUGUUAUUGGAGUAUGUUUCACAAGAAAAUACUUUCUUUAACUUCAAAACACAAUGCUUAAUUCAUACU